AUGCCUUCACCUGUGCAGAAAGUCCCUGCCUUAGAGAUCUUUGUCCCGGCCGAGGCAGUGCCUUCGCCCGUGCAGACACUAGGGAAAGCCAAUGAAAAGAGGGAUUUCUUGUCCCGCCUUCCUCGACUCCAAUGGAAGAAGCAGAUUCCGCCUUGGCUCCGCCCUCAGCCCACACGGUCCGCCCCUGUAAGGUUGCCUGUAGACUCCACCCCAUCCCGGCUGCAGCUAAACCCAGGAAGAAGGAAGAAUCCGUACUCCGGUUUCGCGCGGGCACGCACACAAGCAUACAGACUUACAGGACCGGGGGAAAAAAAAACAAAAACCCGAACCCCUCGAGCUCCUCCCGCCCCCUUCUCGGGCAUGCUCAGUGAAAGGGAGCGAGCGCUCAGCCGCCGGCACAACUCCGCCUCCUCCUCCGCCGCUGCCGCCGCUGCUCCUCGCCUCGUUCUGCACCGCUCGCUUCGCCGGCCCGGCCCCUGCCCGCCUACCCGCACCUAUUCAGGCGGCGGCGGCGGCGGCGGCGGCGCCUUCUCUUUGGAGAUCCCUCUGGGCUGCGGGAGAAGAGAGGAGCCCGCGGGAGGCAGGACCGCGCCCGCGCCCACAGCCCGCGCCCUCCUCGGAGCCAUGGAUAAUCUCAGUGAUGCCUUGAAGAAACUGAAGAUCACAGCCAUUGACAUCUCUGAGGAUAGUUUAGAAGGAUGCUUGGACUGCUUGCUUCAAGCCCUGGCUCAAAACAAUAUGGAGACAAGUGAAAAACUCCAAGGAAGUGGAAUCCUUCAGUUGUUUGCCAGUCUGUUGACGCCACAUUCACCCUGCACAGCCAAAGUAGCAAACAUCAUAGCAGAAGUAGCCAAAAAUGAGUUUAUGAGGCUCCCAUGUGUGGAUGCUGGCUUGAUUCCCCCAUUGGUGCAGCUGCUGAACUGCAAGGACCAGGAAGUACUACUUCAGACGGGCAGAGCCCUUGGGAACAUAUGCUACGAUAGCCAUUCCCUGCAAGCUCAGCUUAUCAAUAUGGGUGUUAUUCCUACAUUAGUGAAAUUAUUAGGCAUCCACUGCCAAAAUUCAGCUCUUACAGAGAUGUGCCUUGUUGCGUUUGGCAAUUUAGCAGAACUUGAGUCGAGUAAAGAACAGUUUGCGUAUACAAAUGUUGCAGAAGAGUUGGUAAAACUCUUCAAGAAGCAGAUGGAACAUGAUAAAAAGGAGAUGAUUUUUGAAGUUUUGGCUCCUCUAGCAGAAAAUGAUGUGAUUAAGUUGCAGCUGGUUGAAGCGGGCCUUGUAGAGUGCCUGCUAGAGAUCGUGCAGCAGACUGUGGACAGCGAGCGAGAAGAGGAUAUGGCCGAGCUCAAGACGGCCUCAGACCUGAUGGUCCUGCUCCUGCUGGGAGAUGAGUCCAUGCAGAAGCUGUUCGAAGGAGGGAAAGGCAGCGUGUUCCAGCGGGUCCUCUCCUGGAUCCCUUCCAACAACCACCAGCUGCAGCUUGCUGGCGCCUUGGCUAUAGCCAAUUUUGCCCGUAAUGAUGGAAAUUGCAUCCAUAUGGUAGACAAUGGAAUCGUGCAGAAACUCAUGGACCUUUUAGACAGGCAUGUGGAAGAUGGGAACGUGACCGUUCAGCACGCCGCCCUGAGCGCCCUCAGGAACCUGGCCAUUCCAGUUGUAAAUAAAGCAAAGAUGCUGUCAGCAGGUGUUGCAGAAGCAGUCCUGAAAUUCCUCAAAUCUGAGAUGCCUCCUGUGCAGUUCAAACUCCUGGGAACAUUAAGAAUGUUAAUAGAUGCACAAGUAGAAGCUGCUGAACAGUUGGGAAAGAAUGUCAAACUAGUCCAGCGCUUGGUGGAGUGGUGUGAAGCCAAAGAUCAUGCCGGCGUCAUGGGGGAGUCAAACAGACUCCUGUCUGCCCUCAUAAGACACAGCAAAUCAAAAGAUGUAAUUAAAACCAUUGUGGAGAAUGGUGGUGUAAAGCAUCUAGUAACCAUGGCAACUAGUGAACAUGUAAUAAUGCAGAAUGAAGCCCUUGUUGCAUUGGCACUAAUAGCUGCUUUAGAAUUAGUCACUGCUGAGAAGGAUCUAGAAAAUGCGAAGCUUGUUCCGAUCCUACACAGACUGUUAGCAGAUGAUAGAAGUGCUCCUGAAAUCAAAUAUAACUCCAUGGUCUUGAUCUGUGCUCUUGUGGGAUCUGAGCCUCUCCACAAGGAGGUGCGGAGCCUGGCGGUCCUGGAGGUCGUGUCGAGGCUCCGCAGCCAUGAGAACAAGACGGUGGCGCAGCAGGCCUCCCUCACGGAGCAGAGGCUGGCCGUGAACAGCUGAGAGCGGCGCCCCCUGCCGCCCGCCCCCAUCCUUCACCUUCGUCCUCCGUCCGGCUGCAGCUCCCGCGCGUCCUCCGCCGUAUCACUCGUGCAUGCGUGUCACGUUCCCGCCCCAUGGAAGAACCGCCGUAGUUCCCCGCCCAGAGGCUUCUCCGCCCGCCCUAGUCGGUGUGAAUGCGGGCCGGGCCGCCCUCAGCUCCAGGCUCCGCCUGUCACCGUUCUACUCGUGUUCUCUUCGUGGCUUUGAGUCCCAUCAGUAGAAUGUGCAUGUUGUAACCCCGAAAACCGUAAAUGUCCACGGCCGCCCCAACCCCAUCACCGCAUCCUAAGUUACGGAUAAAGACCCACCCUGUACACAGCAAGAUCUGGCUAGUGCGUGGAGAUAGAAAUGAUCCUAAUUCUAAUAAUAAUAGCUCCAUUUUUGGUGCUGCCCAAGCACAAUGAUAACAGAAAUGUGUUGCUGCUCGUUCACUGGUCUUGCCUAUUAAUGUCCGAGUCAUGGUACCUAGAGCUAACAAUAAAAUUCCGUGCUCUA